AUGCUUUUGCAAAUACUACUCCAGGUUUUCUCCUUAGUGACUUUGGUGAGCGCUGGCUGCAAGCCAUCUAAAAUCCUCAGCACAGGAUUCAAAGUCGUGGGAUAUAAUUAUCCUCAUGGCUCUACGGAGGGUUGGAACAAAGAUUUCCUUCAAACUGGAUACAAAGCUCGUGGUAAAUUCUUCUCCACCGACGAGGUCACUGACGUUGCUUUCUACUAUGGUACAGCUGGUGGUAUUGUCACUCAAGGUCAACUUUAUGGUGAGACGAUUACCAUUACCAAUUUCACCAUCGAGUUGACUGGUUACUUUGUUCCAGACGAGACUGGAGAAUAUACGUGGUCCAUUGACAACGCUGAUGAUGGUGCAGCUUUAUCGUUAGUCACAGUGGGUGGAUGUUGUAAUGACGUCGGACAAGUGACUAGCGAAUUCGCCAUCAGCACAUUGCGUGGAUACGCUGGAGCCGGAACUGCAUCUUCAAAAUCUACCACCGUGACUUUGGAAAAAGGAUUGGCAUACGCCAUCAAAAUUGUCAACUUCAACUGGAACGGACCUGCUUCUUUAGGGGUUUCUUACGUGACGCCUUCCGGUAAGACUGUCACAAACUUUGACCAUAUUCACCAGGUGACUUUCCAAACUGAUAACUGUGAGGUUCCUCCUGUUCUUACUACUACAACUACUUACGGAACCAACAGUAUCCACACAAAAACAGGUACAUACACCCCAUCAGACUGCUCUCAUGUUUCCACAUGUACUAUCACAGUCGUCCCACCUCAAACCACGACUACCAUUACCAGAACAACAGAUACUACUCUCCCACCUGGAACUUACACCCCAUCUGACUGUCCUCAUAUUGCUAGCUGCACAGUUACUGUUGUUCCACCACAUACCACCACUACCGUCACCGAAAAGACUGGUACUGUUCCUGGCACAUUUACACCAUCCAAUUGUGCUGAUGUGGAAACUUGUACUGUCACUGUUGUACCUCCACACACGACUACUACAGUAACUGAAAAGACUGGCACAAAUCCAGGCACUUUCACACCAUCUGACUGCGCUGAUGUUGAAACAUGUACUGUCACUGUCGUUCCACCUCAUACUACUACAACCGUUACUGAGACUACCGGAACUGUUCCAGGUACAAUUACUCCUUCUGAUUGCGCUGACGUGGAAACUUGUACAGUCACCGUCGUUCCACCACAUACUACUACAACCGUUACUGAAACUACUGGGACUGUUCCUGGCACAUUUACACCUUCUGACUGCUCUGAUGUUGAAACUUGUACAGUUACAGUUGUUCCUCCACAUACCACUACUACCGUCACCGAAAAGACUGGUACUGUUCCUGGCACAUUUACACCUUCGGACUGUGCUGAUGUGGAAACUUGUACUGUUACCGUCGUCCCACCUCAUACAACUACAACAGUAACUGAAAAGACUGGCACAAACCCAGGUACUUUUACACCUUCUGAUUGCGCUGAUGUAGAAACAUGCACAGUCACAGUUGUCCCACCUCACACGACUACCACUGUGACAGAAAAAACUGGCACCGUUCCAGGUACCUUUACUCCAUCUGACUGCGCAGAUGUCGAGACUUGUACAGUUACUGUUGUACCUCCACAUACCACUACUACGGUUACAGAAAGUACCGGCACUGUUCCCGGCACUUUUACUCCAUCGGAUUGUGCUGAUGUUGAGACAUGUACUGUCACUGUUGUUCCACCUCACACUAGAACUACUGUAACCGAUAUAACUGGAACUGUUCCAGGUACUUACACUCCUUCAGGAUGUGCUGAACUUGAGACCUGUACUGUUACAGUUGUUCCACCACAUACCACCACUACUGUUACUGAGACUACUGGUACCGUUCCGGGCACUUUCACGCCUUCUGACUGCGCUGAUGUGGAAACAUGUACUGUCACUGUCGUUCCACCUCAUACUACUACAACCGUUACUGAGACUACUGGAACUGUUCCAGGCACAUUUACACCUUCGGACUGUGCUGAUGUGGAAACUUGUACUGUUACUGUUGUGCCACCAGAAGUCAGAUCUUCUAGUUCUGCAUUGUACUCAAAUGUGACAUCUUCUGCUCCACAAACCUUGACCGAAACUGACACUACACAUACUAUCAUUACUGUUACGUCUUGUCUGGACCACAAAUGUGUAACCAGUAUCGUUUCGACAACCCUGGGAAGCCAAAUUACAUCUUCCACUAGUGCAUUCCCACUGUCUUCGGACAUUAACAGUUCAGUUCCAAGCACAGCUACCCAGUCCACAGGUUCUGAGUCUUAUACCGAAUCAUCCAAGUCUGGUGUGGUAAGUGAGUCAACAGUAACCAGCACUGAGACAACCAAUACUCAAGCUUCAGGAACUGCUUCUUCUGGUGGAAAUGUCGAAACUACAUCUUCUGGUUUCGAACCUUCCUCUGGUACUGAAACAACAUCUGGUGCUGUUGGCACUUCCUCUGGUGUUGAAACUUCGUCUGGUGCUAUUGAAACUUCUAGCUCUAUUGAAGCUUCUUCUGGUGCCAUUCAGUCCUCAUCUGGUGUAUACACUCAGCCAACACUUAGUUCUGAAGCCCCAAGCUCAAGCAUCAAUACUCAAACGGCUUCGAACACCGUUUCGAGCUCGUUCAAUCCUCCUAACACUGUCGUUCCAGGUACUGCCUCUAACGAGGAAACCUCGAGUUCCAGAUCUGGACAACAAACUUCUGAAUCAACCACUUCUGCUCAGUCAACUUCUGGAUCUGCUACUACCCCAGGUUCCAACAGUCAGCCUAACGUCACUGGUUCUGGUUCUACUCCAAGCACCGUAUACACUGUGACUGUUUCCUCUAGCACACAAACUCCUGUGAUCAAUACUUCCUUCGAGGGCCUUGCUAGCAGGAAAUCAAUGAGCUUCUCCAUUUUGGCUCUUUUCUGCGCGUACUUGCUUUAG